GAUUUCGACCUUAUAGUUAACACGAUAGUCUAGAUUACAGUCUUCUACAGUGAACAUUUGUGUAUAUACUGUCCUUACUUAGUAAAGAAAAGCAGCCAUGAAGAGAGGAGCUUUGAUUGUUAUUGAAGGACUUGAUCGAACGGGGAAAUCUACGCAAUGCAAAGCACUAGUGGCAGGCCUGCUGCAGAAGCAAAUAAAAGCAGAGUACACCAAUUUUCCAGCAAGACAAACAGAGAUCGGGAAAGUUAUCAAUAGUUAUCUUAUGUCAAAGAAAGAGCUGUCAGAUGAAGCCAUCCAUCUGCUAUUCUCAGCCAACCGCUGGGAGAGAGCUAGUGAGAUUAUCAAGACCCUGGAGGAAGGCACCAGCAUAAUUGUGGACCGAUACUGUUACUCGGGAGUAGCAUUUUCAGCUGCUAAAGGUUUAGAUAUAAACUUCUGCAAAGCCCCAGACAUGGGCCUGCCCAGACCUGACCAGGUGUUCUUUUUGACCAUGCCCAUAGAGAGCAUAGAACAGAGAAAUGGCUUUGGAAACGAAAGGUACGAGGUUUUAAGCUUCCAAAAGAAGGUGGCAGAAAUGUAUCAUCAGCUUAAGGAAGAUGACUGGGAGGUGUUAGAUGCAAGAAGAUCAAUAGAAGAAAUUCAAAAGGAGAUUCUGGAGAAAGCAUUGCAAGUGGUAGAGAAAGCUGCCGACCAGCCUAUAGGCAAGGUGUGGAUUCAAUCCUGAUGUAGUUAGUUCAUUUAAUAUUCGAUAGGCAGUUGUCUGACCAGCGGCGUUCAGCGCUUUUCGCUUGUUUAUCGCUGACAGAUAAUUGCCAUAGGUAGUCUGUGCGGAAAGAGAAGAGUCAUAUAAUGCAUUGGUUCCCUUAUAUUACUACUCUUCUCUUUCCGCACAGACUCUAGUAAUAGUAUUUUAUCUACAAACAUAUCAUAAGCCUUCCAUGAUGCCUUCAAAAUCCGUAAAUAAUGGCCAACAUUACGAUAAACUGUUUUGUUACAAGAAAUUUGUUAUCUGUGAUUAACUACACCAAAAUCGAUUUGGGUAUGCAUUCAAAUUUGGAACAUCUGUGAAAAAAAAAAUUCGCUUUGACCUCUAUUCUAAUAUCAGUCGAGAUGCCUUUUUGUUCGAAAUGAAAUGUCAAUUGCAUACAAUUUUGACAUAUCUCGCAUGAUUUGUGACGUUUGUAUCGAAUGAUAUGGAAAUAGGCCCCCGACUCUAGUUUGUCUCUGAAUUAAAAAUACAAUACAAUACAAUACAAAGUAGUUUAUUUGGCUUAACUUAUAAUACACAUAACAUAAAGGGCUGGAAUCUCCCAUUAAGUAUAACAAUACUUGUGUCGGGAGACCCCGCUCUUCCAUUAGGAAAUAGGGUAAAAAACAACAAACUGUACUUAACUUAAUUAAUAUACAAUUUACAAAUCUGAUAAUUAUUUACUAUUACAAUUUACAAUAAAUAUACAAUUUCAGACCCGA